AUGCCUUAUGCCACUGUCGAAGAAACAGUCACCCAAACCCGCCGAGUUCGAAUUUGUGCGAGGUGCCACCGUCAAAUCGGUUCCAACGCUGAUCUAAAAAAUCUCUCACGAGCGGGCAGUCUGAUUGGGUCUUUGGGUACCUCUUAUGGAGCCUCUGUUAUGGCUGGGGCCGUGUUAGGUCCAGUAGGAAUGAUUGGUGGAGCUAUUGCUGGUUCAUUUGCCGGAGCUCAUGCCGGUGCAAAGGUUGGGACGAAGGCUUCAGAAAUGGCGGAAGACAAUAAGUCACAGCCUUACUGUCCUGAAUGUCAAGCUAUCAUCACCAAGGAAGAACAGGCUCGAGGAGUUGGUAGGACUACGGGUGAAAGUGGUGGCGAAAACAAUGCCAUGGAAUUUCUGAAGCGUGUUUCUGGAUCCAUCCGUGAUACUGUGGAGCAACAAAAGCAGCGAUUUCAAGGGAAUGAAAAGAACCAAAAGAAUGAAUACAAUGAUAAAUGGUGA